AUGAUUUUUUGUGGUUUACCACCCUUCUUGGACGUCCAAUCUGGUACUAUUUAUGGUGUUUGGAAUACAUUCGCUGGUGGAAUCAGUACAUUAGCAACAGAAAACAGUACUGGUGCUGGAACCUAUUAUACAGGACAAUCUCCGGACAAUCUAUUCGAUGGUUCUCUCAAUACAAAAUAUACUAGUCGAGGUAAUUCAACUUCUGGAACCAACACAUAUGCUGGUCUCAAUACUGGUUUUUAUUUGACUAUUAUUCAAUGUCAACCAGUACUUAUUGGAUUUCGAUUCGGUAAUGCAUACAAUUUUUCAGAGCGUGAACCGCUUACGCUUACAAUUGAAGGAACCAACUGUGCUAAUCUAACAACUUGUGUAAAUUGGACUUUAAUUUACAAUGGAUCAACAGGUCUUGAUACAGUAACAAGCAGUUUAGCAUAUGGACAGUAUCAGUCAAUUUCGAACAGCAAUAGUUACAAAACUUACCGUUUUCUUAUUACAGAUAAACGAGAUUUAAGUGCAUAUGUUUCAUACAGUGAAGUGCAACUGUUUGGCUAUUCAAAUCAAUCAUCAACAAGCCAGAAUGGAACGUCAAAUUCAACAUCUUUAUUUGCCAUACAAUCUGGAUCUGUUCAAGCUCUAUGGAAUACAUUCGCAGGUGGCAUCAGUACAAUUGCUACAGCUAAUACAUCAGGCGUUGGAACAUAUGUUCCCAAUCAGUCUGCAGACUUAUUAUUCGAUAAUAAAACUAGUACUAAAUACACGAGUCGAGGUAAUUCAAGUUCUGGCAACAAUUCAAUCGCUGGUCUUAACACAGGCUUUUACCUUACUAUUGCACAAUGUCAACCAACUCUUGUUAAAUUUCGUUUCGCAACUGCCGCCACCGGAUCUUCAGCUGAUCGUGAUCCAACUGCUAUUACAGUCGAAGGAACUAACUGUUACAUUUUGGUGAAUUGUACUAAUUGGACACUUAUCUACACUGGCCCAACAGGUUUAGAAAGUUUUGUAAACCGAUCUACGUAUGGACCGUUUCAAACCAUAUCAUCGCCUCAAAUUUUUACAAGUUAUCGCUUCCUGGUCACCGUCAAGAGAAGUAUCAGCGACUAUGUUGCCUACAGCGAAGUAGAACUCUAUGGCUAUUAG